AUUUCGAAAUUUAAAUUUUCAACACGGUUGAGACGAAACUCUUUUUUUCAAAUCUUAAAGCAAUAUUAUUAAAAAAUCCGUUGCUUCGGAAUAUUGUCUUGAACGAAGAGUAAAUACAUUUUACAUUUUGUACGGUCCGUUCGUGUACCUCUGUAUUGUGUCACUAACUAAAUAUGGCUUCGAGCUCCACCGACAAUGAUUCCAGUGAAGAUGAAGUAUUUUUUGGCCCUAGUACUUUAAAAGAAAUAAGGGCACGCCUUUUACCCAAACAAGUACGACGACAUAUGAUAUACGCUAACAAAAAAAAAAAAAACAAUGAAAUUGAUAACAGUAUCACCAUAAUUGAAAUGCAUUCAGAGCCAGAAAUGAAUAUUAAUAAUGAUCUGAUUGAUUCUCCAAACUUGUCUACAGUUUUCACCAAUUAUACAGAUUGUGUAAUCAAACAAACAGAUAAUAGUUACUUAAAACUUUCACCAAAUGACAGUUUUAUAAAACUAGAAAAACAAGUUGCAGAAUGUUGUAUCUCAGAACAAACACAUAAUCAUACUUUGAAUAAUAAUGUAGGAAUAGAUAAUUUCCUUUUGAAAAAAUCUCCUGUAUAUUGGGAUUCCAGAGAUGAAAAAAAUGAUUUAUUAAAUAACACUAUAGAUAUUUCUUUUCAACUAAGAAACAAUCCUAAAAUUCAGGUACAAGAUGAAAAACUAAUACAUAAUGAUGUUGAAAUUUCAAAAGAAAAAACAAACAAUGUACAUGAUAGUGAAAAUAAAAGAAAUGAAAAGAUUGGCACAGUAAAACUUCUAACUCAUGGUCCACGUGAAAAAGUGUCCACACAACAACACAAUCCUAAAAUUCUGGUACAAGAUCAUAAAUUAGAACAUUAUGAUAAUGAAACAUCACAAGUAAAAACAAACAAGGUAUUGCAUGAGAGUGAAAACAACAUAACAAUACAAAAGAUUGAGAAAGUUCAACUUAAAACUCAUGGUAUAUGUGACAAUGUGUCAACACAAAAUAAUAAGAUACCUAACACAGAUAUAUUUAAAACUCCUGUUUCUACAAGAAAGCAACAAGCUUCUUCAAUUAAAAAUUCACAAAGUAAAGUAAAAGGCUAUCAACAUGUAGCCAGUCCUAUUGCUAUAUAUAUUAAGAGCCCUCAAUUUUCUUUAUUACGUAGUAACUGUCCUAAACCACAAUCAUUUAUUCCUACACUGAAAAAAUUUCCAAUGGAAAAUAAAAUAAGUAACAAAGAAAAUGUUCAAUUGCAAACAACUGGUUGUGGGAUUCCCAAGGUGGCUGCAGUGGUACACAAUAGCAAGAAAUUAUUGCACAGUGAUUGGAGUAAAAGGGGAACUCCAUCAGCAAAUGUUUUAAGAAAAAAUGCACCACAGGAUGUGACCACUUCUAAGAAACUCUUUGUACCUCAAGAUGACAGUAUAGAUAACUUAUCACUUAAAUCUCAGGCUGAUGUUUAUACAGACAUAUCAGAAUAAACCACAUCAUCUUA